GCGGUGUGUGUGAUUUCAGGAGUGAUUAGUUUGUAUGAAACCACGAGCCAAAGGCGUUACAGCCACACAUCAGUAUUGAUCCGGACAGCGGGUCCAUGCAGCCGACAGUGUUUUGAUGACAUUCAUCAGCGUUAUUAGCUAAGUUAAUUAGCCGGCUACUUUAGAGAAGCACGUCGUUAAUACCGGGCCGCAUUAUCUGUGGACAAUGAAGAAGGUUGCUCUGCUGCUGAUUGUGUUGCUCGGCGUUGCACAUUUUGCAACUCUCAGCAGGUGUGAAGAUGAUGUUGCAGAGGAGAAGGAGGAUACAGAUGAAGAGGACAGUGAUGAUGAGGAGGAGGAUGAUGAAGAUGACACAGAGGUGAAAGAGGAGAACGGAGUACUGAUUCUCAAUGACAACAACUAUGAAACUUUCAUUGAUGGCAAAGACACGGUUCUGGUUGAGUUUUAUGCCCCAUGGUGUGGCCACUGCAAACAGUUUGCCCCAGAGUAUGAAAAAAUCGCUCAGACUCUAAAGGAGAAUGACCCUCCUAUACCUGUGGCCAAAGUGGAUGCAACAAUAGCCAGUGAGUUAGCGGGCAGGUUCGAAGUGUCGGGCUAUCCCACCAUCAAGAUCCUGAAAAAUGGGGAAGCUGUGGACUACGAUGGAGAAAGGACAGAGAAAGCUAUUGUGGACCGGGUGAAGGAGGUGUCGCAGCCGGACUGGAAGCCCCCUCCUGAGGCGACGCUGGUGCUGACCAAGGACAACUUCGAUGAGACCGUUAAUAAUGCAGACAUCAUCCUGGUGGAGUUCUACGCUCCAUGGUGCGGACACUGUAAGCGCCUGGCUCCAGAGUACGAGAAGGCAGCCAAGGAGCUGAGCAAGCGCUCUCCUCCCAUUCCUCUGGCCAAGGUGGACGCCACUAUUGAGAGUGAGAUUGCUACACGUUUUGAAGUUACAGGCUAUCCCACCAUCAAGAUCUUCAGGAAAGGCAAGAUGUUCGACUACAACGGACCCAGAGAGCAGCAUGGCAUUGUUGACUACAUGGGUGAGCAGGCAGGGCCUCCCUCCAAACAGGUCCAGGCAGUAAAACAGGUGCAGGAGCUUCUGAAGGAUGGUGAUGAUGCGGUUAUAGUUGGUGUGUUCUCCAGCGAACAGGAUGCAGGCUACGAGGUCUACAUUGAGGCCUGUAAUGCACUGAGAGAGGACUUCACCUUCCGUCACACCUUCAGCUCUGAAGUGGCCAAACUGCUCAAAGCUUCGCCCGGCCAGGUUGUCAUUGUUCAGCCGGAAAAGUUCCACUCAAAGUACGAGCCAGCGUCACACACUCUUGCAUUGAAGGACUCUACAUUGGUGUCAGAAGUGCAGGAGUUCUUCAAAAAGCAUGUGACUCCUCUGGUGGGCCACAGAAAACCAAGCAACGAUGCCAAACGCUACACCAAAAGACCCCUGGUGGUGGUUUACUAUGGUGUUGACUUCAGCUUCGACUACAGGAAAGCAACACAAUUUUGGAGGUCCAAGGUUCUUGAGGUGGCCAAAGACUUUCCAGAGUACAUGUUUGCCAUCGGCGAUGAGGAGGACUACGCAGAAGAGCUGAAGAGCCUGGGCCUCAGCGAGAGCGGAGAGGAAGUCAAUGUGGGGAUUCUGGCAGAUGGAGGCAAGAAGUUCGCCAUGGAGCCAGAAGAGUUUGACGCCGACGUGCUGAGAGACUUUGUUAUGGCUUUCAAGAAAGGAAAAAUCACACCUAUCAUCAAGUCGCAGCCAGUGCCAAAGAGCAAUAAGGGACCAGUAAAGGUUGUGGUCGGAAAGACCUUCGACGACAUCGUCAUGGAUACCCAGAAAGAUGUCCUGAUAGAGUUUUAUGCUCCCUGGUGUGGCCACUGUAAGAAACUGGAGCCUGAUUUUUUGGCUCUGGGCAAGAAAUAUAAGGGGGAAAAGAACAUUGUGAUCGCCAAGAUGGACGCCACUGCCAACGAUGUGCCAAAUGAUAGCUACAAAGUGGAGGGCUUCCCCACAAUAUACUUAGCCCCAAGCAACAGCAAGCAGAGCCCCAUCAAAUUUGAAGGCGGAGACAGAACAGUAGAGGGCUUCAGUAAGUUUUUGGAAAAGCACGCCACAAAGCUGUCACAGCAGAGAGACGAACUUUAAACCUAUCUGUCUCGACGAGCAGCUGAGAACUCUUACCGUGCUCGGGCAGAGUCUUGGAGGCCUCUGGGAAGGUGAAGGGAACGCAGCGGAGUUAAACGGUGUUACUGAGUUGCUGUGAUGAUUACAAUGUUCAAUCAUCUUUUUUUUAGUUUGUGUUCAUUCCAAGAGAUUCAGCUUUCUUCUGUUUCUAAAAGCAUGUAAGCACUGUCGAAGAUUCAAGUCUUUUUAAAUAAAACUAAAAAUGAUGGCGGCAAUGUGGCCCAACAUUAA